AGAGCAAAUUGGAUAAAAUGAAUAAAGACAACUCUGAAUCUUUGAAAGUACUGAAUGAACAGCUACAAUCUAAAGAAGUAGAACUCCUCCAGCAGAGGACAGAGAUGGAAACUCAGCAGGUGAUAAGAAAUUUAAAUCCACCUUCAUCAAACCAGGAGGUGGAAAAGUUGAGCUGUGACCUGAAGAUCCAUGGUUUGGAACAAGAACUGGAACUGAUGAGGAAAGAAUGUAGAGAUCUCAAAAUAGAGCUACAAAAAUCCAAACAAAUGGAUCCAUCUCAGGAAGACAGUCUGAAGAGCAGAGAUCUCCAAAGACUAAGCAUUUCAAGUGAUAAUAUGCAAAGUGCAUACUGGGAACUGAAGAGAGAAAUGUCUAAUUUACAUCUGGUGACUCAAGUACAAGCUGAACUUAAGAAAGCUGAAAACCCCAGCUGCAAUCAAGAAAGCUUGCACCCCAGCAGGAUGCAUGGAAGACCUUGGGAAAGACAGCACAAAACUGCACUUGACAAAUUUUACUGCAACAUACAAAAGACACGCCCCUCUCUCGCCAAACGGCAAAACUCUUUGUCAUGUCAUGUCUUCCCCUUUACCAGGAGAUGUAAAGGUUUUAUCAGAGAAAGCAGUUCUCCAGUAGUGGACAGAUCAUGA